UUGAGUUCACCGUAAAGAUGUGGGAGAUUCCAAACCUAAUAAUCCUCCUUCUUCUUCUUCUUCUUCCAUUGCACAUUUCCGUAGCCACGUCCCAGCCAAUUUGCGGCGUUAGCGGCGAGACAUUCGCAAACAACAGCAGCUACGAGGCCAACCUCAACACCCUCAUCGCCUCCCUCUCCUCUGGCGGCAUAGGCAGCAGGCGAUUCCUCAACACCUCUGUCGGCAACAGCCCCGACACCGUCAACGCCGUCGUCGUCUGCAGAGGAAACAUCUCGCUCCCUUCUUGCCGCAAAUGCGUCGCCGCCGCAGCUCCAGCAACCGCGCAGCGAUGCCCCAACUGGAAAGAAGCCGUCUUCUGGAACGAAACGUGCACGUUCAAGUACUCCCACAAACCCAUAUCCGGAGUCCUAAACAUCCAGUCAUUUCCUCACCUUCCAAGCAAGAAGAUCUUGCUGGAGAGCUUCAGUCGAUUCGCGACCAUCCCAUGCGCCGGUAACAGUACUGCUAAUGGAACUGGUGACGGUACUACUAGUAAAAGUGGUGUCGAUUCGCCGGCAGACACAGUACCAUCCACAAAAGGAACGAGUGUGGAUACAACGCGUAUCAUUGAUUCAGUUAUCAGUUCCGUAGGUGCGACGGUACUACUAGUUGUGGUUGGCGUCUUAUUUAAAAGGAGAAAAGAGAAGCAGAAGGCGAAGACGAAUUUUGAGAUUAAAAAUGAAGUAAAUGUCGGUUCCGUAUCCACGCGCUAGCCUCGUUUUGUGUUUCGAGUGGGGUGUAGCUUUCCACUGCAAUUGCUAGCACAGCAUCACGGGUCGUCACGGGUUGUGUUUGUGAUUUACAUUUUACACUAUACCAUUGUGGUUUAUGGGCAUCCUCUCCCUCAUAGAGGAUGAGUUGUGCUUGAGAUGUUGAAAAUUCAUGUAUAUUGAAUGAAUAUGCAAGUGUGUUUUAAUACUAAAACUAUCGGUACCAA